ACAGUUCAUAACAGUGGAAUAGUCUGUGUUUAGCAUCAUUUGAGAGGCUGGAGUAGACUUUAAACUCCGAGGUGCUAUUCAUGUAACAGCCUUCCAUUCAGCCGGGGUCACCUGGGUCCCCUCUCCCCCAUUGUUACCUCCAGCCUCAAGGCUACUGCAUUCAGACCCGUCUGCAACUCUUGCCUUUAUCUGGCUCAUUCUGUGAGCCCUCCAGCCUCCCACGCAGCAGACUCCGUGCUGCGCUCCGACAACAAUGCGCCGGUAGUCGGUACAUUUAUCUGGUCUUGUUAUUGGUGGCUUAUUUGCCCCGGCGAUAGGGAGACCGAGGUGCCGUGGUGCAAAUUAGUGACAGAUCAGUUAAGCAUGACCUUAAAAAACCCUUGGCUUUGUUUAAUUGGCAUUGCUGAGGCGGACUAAUUGCAUAAAUCAGCUGGUAAUGAGAUCUUGGCUUAUUGUGAAAAACAAGAUAAUGUGAGAAAAUGAACAUGAAUGAUCUCAGAGCAUUUUCCUCCCUCUGAGCCACACGGCCCCCGUCAGCAGAUUAUUGUCUCUCUGUUGUCAUUUGAAUUUGGUUCAGAUGAUGCCUGUAUUCACUGAUACAGUAUAUUUGGUUAUUUGUGCGUUCCCUAGCAAACGUCAUGCGCUGCAGCUCUUCAACACACACGCUGAGCCUAGCAGAGCACGGCCCCCUAAAUAAAUCAUUAGCAGGCCAGUGCUUGAAGAGGGACAGUGAAAUGUAUUAAAACAACCACUUUAUAGGAAAGCUGUUUAUUAGUAGAACCCAGCGGCGGGAAGACAGAUUAAUGAGGUAGUGGAUAAGACGAUUUAAAAACAUUGUUUCGGAUGGAUUCCCGUCGGUGACAGCUGCGAGGACUGGAGGUCACACACUAACAAAGCUGUUUUGCUCAGCUGUGGAGACUCUGACCCUCAGCCAACAACACUAUGGCCCCAAUUCUCUUCCUCCUGUUCUGUCUCUGUUUGCUCUGAUGUUAUUUACAUGAAUUCAAAAUCAACUGACCAGUGAUCGCUGGAAGCUGGGGAUAGAGUCUAUCAGUUUUUAACCCUGCACGCUGACAUGGAGGGCUUUCUACGUAGCAGCUUUUUACUGAGCAGAGUCAUGUCUUCCAAGCAGGCCACAUCUCCUUUCGCCUCCGUGGUCGACGGGGAUGACGCCAUGAAUCAAGAACACUUGUCUUGGGAGAAAGAGGAGAGUGCCGAGGCCCACGGCACGCCACAGCUGCCCCUGCACAGUCUGCUCCAUGGGAAAGGCCACCCCGAUGAAGUGCAGCCCCUCAGCAGCAUACCGCCAGAGAGCGACUGGGACACCCUGGUGUCAGCCCAGCAGCGCAUGGAAUCUGACAGCAAUAAAGUAUGUUCUCUGUACUCCUUCCGGAACAAUUCUACUUCCCCACAUAAGCCCGAGGAGGGGGCCCGGGAGCGCAGCGACCUGCUGAGCGGAUCAGCGUUCGGAACUCCGGAGCGCCGCAAAGGAAGCCUGGCAGAUGUAGUGGACACGCUGAAGCAGAAGAAGCUGGAGGAGAUGACAAAGACAGAGCAAGACGAAUCCUCAUGCAUGGAGACACUCCUCUCUAAAGAAUGGAAAGAGAAGAUGGAGAGGCUCAACACCAGUGAACUUUUAGCAGAUGUAAAAGGUACUCCAGAGAGCCUGGCAGAGAAGGAACACCAGCUCUCCACGAUGAUCACCCAGCUCAUCAGCCUGCGUGAGCAGCUCCUGGCUGCCCACGACGAACAGAAGAAGCUCGCCGCCUCACAGAUGGAGAAACAGAGGCAGCAAAUGGAGUUAGCUCGUCAGCAGCAGGAGCAGGGCUUCUUUUCUGUGUCCUACCAGAUUGCAAGACAACAGCAGCAGCUUCUGCAGCAGCAGCACAAAAUCAACCUCCUCCAGCAGCAGAUCCAGCAGGUCCAGGGUCACAUGCCUCCGCUCAUGAUCCCCAUUUUUCCACACGACCAACGCACUCUGGCAGCAGCCGCCGCCGCCCAGCAAGGCUUUCUCUUCCCCCCGGGAUUGUCUUAUAAGCCAGGUGAUAACUACCCGGUGCAGUUCAUUCCAUCCACAAUGGCAGCUGCAGCAGCGUCAGGACUCAGCCCCCUCCAGCUUCAGCAACUGUAUGCAGCCCAGCUUGCCAGCAUGCAGGUCUCUCCUGGAGCCAAGAUGCCUCCGCUCCCCCAGGCCCUCAAUGCGAGCGGGCCCAUUUCUCCUUCCUCUCUGAAGAAUGACAAGAGUUCCUCCAGCCCCAUCACUCAAGUCAAGGAGGAAGGAACACAGCCGCUCAACUUGUCUGCUCGGCCAAAGACGACAGAUCUGCUCAAAUCCCCCACAUCCCCGACACAAAACCUAUAUCCCGGCGGCAAAAACAGCCCCAACAGCUUCGGCAAGGGUUGCAUCCCCAACCCACUCGGCGGAGGCCUGGGACGGGGCUCAUCUCUGGAUAUUCUGUCCAGCCUAAACUCUACUGCGCUGUUCGGGGACCAGGACACGGUGAUGAAGGCCAUCCAGGAGGCUCGGAAAAUGAGGGAGCAGAUCCAGAGGGAACAGCUGCAACAUCACCAGCAGGGCAUGGAGGCGAAGCUGUCCGCCCUCACUUCAGUGGGCCUCAACAACUGCAGAGUCGACAAGGAGCGGGCACAUUUUGACAGCAUUGGCCACCACCUCGGGAAGCUGGGUGAGGACGGAAAGAUCGGCCACAGAGUUAUUGACCUCACCAGGCCAGAGGAUCUAGAUGGAGGCGCUGGAUCCACUGAGGCACGAGUCUUCAGGGAAGCUCGAGGAAGGAACACCAACGAACCUCACAUCAAAAGGCCAAUGAACGCAUUCAUGGUGUGGGCCAAGGAUGAGCGGCGCAAGAUCCUCCAGGCCUUCCCCGACAUGCACAACUCCAACAUUAGCAAAAUUUUGGGCUCUCGGUGGAAGUCAAUGACUAACCAGGACAAGCAGCCAUUCUACGAGGAGCAGGCCCGUCUGAGUAAGCUCCACCUAGAGAAGUACCCAAACUACAAGUACAAGCCGCGUCCCAAGAGAACCUGCAUUAUUGACGGAAAAAAACUCCGCAUUGGCGAGUACAAGCAGAUGAUGCGGUCAAGGCGACAAGAAAUGAGGCAGUUCUUCACUGUGGGACAACCACCUCAGAUUCCGAUCACAACCAGCGCCAGUAUGAUGUAUCCCGGGCCCAUCUCCAUGGCAACCACCACGCCCUCACCUCAUAUGACCUCGGAGUGCUCCAGUGCCUCGGCGAGUCCCGAGCCGGCCAUUCCUGUCAUCCAGGCCACCUACAACAUGAAGCUAGAGCCCCACACCAUGGCGAACAACAGUCUGCCGGUCAACGGCGUGGAGGAGAUGGACAUGUACGAAGAUUUCGAGGAUGAGCCCAAAACAGACUAUAGCAGUGAAAAUGACACUCAAGAGCCAGUCAACGCCAACUGAGACCUCUUUGAUGGAUGAGGCUGGUGCAGACACAACACUUACACAGGAGGACGCCCGAGGGCUGGUCUGAUCUGAGGGAGGGAAAGAGCAUAAGUAAAAAAAAUACAAAAAAAAAACACCACACAAGGAUGUUUUGAAAAAAUAACAAUGAUGUAUCAUUUAGGAGCCAGCAUGCAGAGGUGGCUUCAUCAGAAUCAAAAGCUAUUUGGUCUUAAGUGUUUCUUCAAGUGUGUGAAGCAGUUUGGUUGUGGUAAUUUAGAAUUUUUUUAAUGUCAUUGUUUAUUUUUUCAUUGUGAUCAUAGACAUUUACACAAUUAGAUUAAUGCCUAGAACAAAAGACAGAACUUGAAAUUGAACAUUUGAUAUUUGACAUAUAUACAUCAAAUAUCAAUAUUUGAUGUAAGAUUUGGACUCUUAACAGUCACUUACCUUGUUUGUCUUUUCAAUUAGAGGAUUUUGAUAUAUGAUGUAACUGUUCAAAAUGGGAAUAAUAUACUCACUCAGGUAUAGUGUGCCAGCCAACAGCUUGUGAAUGUUUUAAAUCAAGAGUAAAAUAUUACCAGUACAAAAUAUCUCAAAAUUCAUAUCGAGUGAUACCAAUUUAUCACAGAGGGAAAUUAUAAUUAUUAUAAUAAUUAUUAUUAUUGAGUUUUUCGUUGAUUGUUAUAUACAAAAUUUAGGCUAAGGUGCCAAACAUUUCAAGUUGUUUCUAAAAUCGGUAAAGUCUUAUGAGAGUCUUAGACAAUCUCUUGAUCUCUUAAUGCAGCUUCAUUAUCCAGUCUUUCUUUAAUUUACCCAAACAGAAGAAACAAAUCAAACUCAGGAACUUGGAGGCACAAGGCUCUGCAGGAGGUUACAGUAUGUGACAUCUCUGGUCGGUAGCUCGUGACGCUAGCUGUCCUCCAGGGAGCCCAAUGCAGUGAUCAUCAAUGAAACCGGCCAGCCCUUUCAUUUCCUCCUCCCAGUCCACACACAGAGAGCACUGUGGCAUCCUUCACUCAUUUCCAGCUCCGCAGCCCAGUCUGACUUACCAAGUUCUUAAUCAGAGCGAUUGUAAUCAGGCCAGGAUGCUAAAGGGCCAAAGGCCUCCAAUCUGAGGGAUUGGAACCGCAGUGAAAGGCAGCUUUGGGGGCAUUACAAUCUCAAAUUGAUGUUGUACAAUGUGUAGCUACAGUAUGUUCUGAUAAACGCUUUAGCCCCAUUUGGACAGCAAGUUUAAAGUCUUAGGUCUGAGAACUUCAUUUUUUUUUUCAAUCUUAAUUCUUUUUAGACAUUGUAAAUCUUAAACUGACACUAAGAAGUCUUAAAGCAGAGCACAGUCAUUAGGUUGAUGCAUAGAGUUGAUUACUGAAGCAGUCUUAAAAGAAGUGACAGUUUAUGGGGAUAACUCUAAAAUCGUUUCCCAAAUUGCCUCGUCACACGACAGGUAGCUUAACGUGUGCACUUAAAAUUAAUUCUCAUUCUGUCACCUUUGAGCCUUAUUUUUUUUAUUUCUAAUAAUCUCAUCAGCUUUUGUAAUGCACUUAACAUGACAUGCAAAGACUCAGAAGCAACAAGGACAAAGUCUCUCCUAAUUUCAGCAAAAAGCGGACAAGCGGUGACCUUCUGGAGCCUGCAGUUAGAUAAAGCUCCUCUAGCGGUCAGGGCCUUGAUGUUGCGACUCAGAUCCUCUUUACGGGGCAUAAGGUCUAAGUGGCUUCCCUCCCUGCCAUGCCCUGCUUUGACCCCUGCCUGUGGCAACCUCAGCACCCAGGGGGCGCCAUCUGGCUCAGAGAAGAAGCAAACACCAGGGAGGGAUGGGAAACAAUAAAAAUGGGGUGUGUGUCACUCAUUGUGCUCUCCAUCAAAGUGCUGGAAGUAAGGCCUCAACAGGGCUCUCACCCCGGUCCAAUCACCAGGCACUGGCGAGCAGAUGGAACAAGUACAUCAAGCUGUGGGGGAUUAUUAAAAUGACUGACGACUGGGUAUCAUCUGAAAUACAGCAUUAUUAAUGCAUGAGUCCAGCUAUUCCCCUCCCUUGCCCUUGAACCCGUCCAUUUCAGCAGAAAAGCAGAGCUUUUUGAAGGAUCUGAAUGGCUGGUCAGUGGAUUCAACUAGUUGAGAUCCCUACUGCUGGUCACUGCAUUUUUCUCCAAUAGCUAUAAUUGGUACAGAUGGUUCUUAAUAUCACUUUAGCACUGUUAUCUUCUGUACUUGUAUUGUCAAAACCUUUUCAGAGCUGGCUUGCAUUGUUCCUACUUUUUGGAAGCAUUUAUAUUAAGUCUUGUAAAACACCUCAUCAACAAUUCCAAUUGUUUUCCCAUCACAUCUUUUCUACAUUGUUCUCAUUGAGGUACAAAACAUUUGAAGAACACUCUCCUACAAACAAACAAACCCAAGUGGAUUUCCCUCCAAGUCAACCUGUUAAGUAUUUUCAAGCUGUUUGCUCCUGUUUGCUGGUGGUUAGAUUGAUUUGUAUGUGAUUGUAAAUAUUUUAAUGACCAUGCCACAUUGCUUUAGUUGGCUGAUAGUUAUAAAGGACUCUUCACGGAACUGAGACUUGACUGUGCUUAUACAGCAAAAAGAAAAAAAAAAAGAAAGAAAAAAAUGACAACCAGAACUCACGAGGAGACAAUGUUUCAUAAGUGUUAUAAGCACUGGAUAGAAAUUGUAUUUUUAUCAAUUCUGAUUAAUGUGAAGCUGUUUGAGGAAGAAAAAAAACAACACCCUGAAUGAACAAAACCCCCCAGUUUGACUCAAGUGGGUUUGCUCUCACAGUUGCCAGCUUUGAGUCUUUUUUUUUCUCUACAUAUUUUGUUUAUUUAUGCAAAGACACGUAUGAUGAAUGAACACUUUCUCUAAGCUUCAGGGCUGCCAAGGGGAGACACUCAGCACAAGGAAGCGAGCAGAAAAUUCAACAGCAGGCUCGGUCAGCCGCGAAAAACACCAGACUUCAGUGCAUUGUAUAUUGUAUUUGAAACUGUAGAGUAUCAACAUAUUGUAUUUAUUAUUAGCCGCUGCUGGCUCUAAAAUUGUCAGUUAAACAACAACACAGACAAUCAUAGUCAACGGAAGAAUAAAAAAAAGCAAAACGUACUUGAUAAAUUGGAGCAAAAAAUGGUUGUCAGUGAAUUUGCCAUCUCAUUUAGAAUUUAUUGUAAAUAUAACAUAGGAAAAUAUAUUUUUGUUCAUUAGUGAAGUUUAAGUUAUGCAUUUGGCUGUCCUUGUUUAACUUUCUCUCUUUUUUAAGUUUUAUUUUUGUACAUGGUCUCAUGUGUUUAAAAACCUGACAAGUCACUGUACCUCAUGUAGAUGCUGAACUUUUCUUCCUGCUUAUUGGAGCGGAGCCGUAUUGGACCUUCGACAGAAAGAAGCACCUCAUUUGCUCAAUAUCUAGUUAGUUUCUCCCCUUGAGUAUUCAAAGAGCCAAUUGAAAUACAAAUCUAUAGUCAUUAGACUUUUAUAAUACAGUUAUUACAAGUAAGGUACUCAUUUAAACAACAAGCACUUGACAUAAAAAAUAAUAAUCCAAUAUUGUUCCUUUGAUCAUGAUGCAGUGCUGUGCUGUUGAGUCUUACUUGUGUCUUCUUUAUUACAGCACUCAUGGCAAAUUUCUUAUAGGUAGCUCCUAAACUCACGUGCAUGCAUUUAGCCUGCAUUUACAUUAUCACAACAGAAUUUGUGUUUUUUUGAGUGACUGUUUCAAACACAAAUUAUGUUCAAAUGUUAUAUUAUUUCAAAAGGUGGGAGCGUGCAAAUAUUUAUUUAGUUUUAUUGUGUCAAAAAAAAACAACAGAGCAGUUUUCUUGGUUAAUUAUCUCCUUGCCAUCUUUUUUUUGUAUGUUACAGAUUUUUUAAAAUGAACAUGUUCAUGACUAUCCAGCCAUCUGCAGAUGUAGCCGUCACACUCGUUUUCUCUUAAUCCUCGUUAGACAAAUGCAAAUGUUUGAAUGGACGUCUGAAGACAAAAGCUUGUAUUCUGUUUCAACAUUACUUACUGUAAUUUUUUUUUUUUUUCUGUCUGAACUUUGUGAUGUAUAUGGUGGGAAUGUUCUCUGUGUUAAUUUAAUCAGCACAAUUCACUGACAUGCUGGACUGACAUGCUAGCUGCUGUUCAGAAGUGUAAAGUUUGUUGUUUGGGGCAAUAUUUAUGGUUGUCUCUGGUACUUUGCUUUUUAGAGUUGUCUCUCAAGCAACACUGUGUGUGGCUCUUCAAUCACUGGAGCCACUGAAAUCGCUGGCAGCCUGAUACAAUUACAAUUUCUGCGUAAAAAACUUUUUUUUUCUUUUUCUUCCUGGCAGGUACCUAGGCCCAUGGCAAGUAUUGUUUGGGUGUUAUUAGAGAAAAUGAAAUACAUAGUGUCUGUUGCUGCUUAAAAAAAAGUUUAUGUCUGAAUAUGUAAAUAGUUUAUCAUAAUAUCUUGUACAGUCCAAUGUAAAGUUUUUAAUUCAACUUAAAAAUAAUGUUGCCAUCACAUUUGUGUUCACAUUCUUCUUUAUACAGUACAAAAGAUCGAAUAUUUGCUCGGGGUAUUAUUGCUAAAAUGAAAAAAAAAAAAGAGAUUUUUUUUUUUAAUGUUUGUUUUGCUUGGCUUCAAAGUGUACACCGGCAAGUCUUUGGUUUCCAUGUGCAGUAUUGACGUGAGGUAAACUUAAGGUGAAUAAUUUUACAGUGGUGUGUGUGGAGAGCGAUCUCCUCAGCUUUGGUAGUAUUAAUACUCUAUAUCAAGAACAAACAAAAACCAAUGAGUGACAUUUGGGUACAUCUGGGCACCACAGGAAUGUGGAGACUGUAUAUGAUUAAAUUAUCCCCACAGGAUUGAUUCAGGCAUCUUAUAAUGUAACACCAUUUUCUGUGCGGCUCAGUCCGUUUUAACGAUGAAACACUGGGCUGAGGAACUGCCUGUUUAAAGCUCAUUUACCUCAAGAAUUUCCUCCUUUUCUGUAAAAGAGACAGAAAUUGUGUUACAUAAAGCUUCUCACAUCACUCCAUCUUUUGUACUGCUGUUGACACUUACAAAUUAAAGAGACAUUUUGUUUUAA